CAAGCCUUAGUGUUUAUCGCACCGGAGGAGGAAAACAAACCUAGUUGCAGCCGCUGAGAGGAGCAGAGGGGAGAACGAUUCAUCCGGCUUUGGCUGACCGAUCGCCACUGUUGGGCUGGUUCAGCUGAAAGCUCAAAGCCAGUCCUGGGAGUCCUUGGUAGGAACAUGCACUUCAGGAGUAGUGGUUUGCUGCUGCUUAUUUGUCUUCUGGACGUGCGAGGGCAGAAAUACCUGCAUGACACUCUCAGGGCCUUGGAUCUGCCCCUGGGUGUCGACGAAGAGCCACAGCUCCAGAAGAACCACAUUGGAAUCCUGAUCACGAAGCUCCUCCAGGAGGUGCACUGUGCUGAGCGGAUUGGCUCCUCUCAGGAUGUCUGCAGCAAGUGCCUGACACCAGAUGUAGCGCUCUCUGUGCUAGAGGAUGAUGGGAAGGCUUACCUCACUGAGGGAGAAUACCAACGGAUCUCCACCGUCCUGCUGUACUACAUAAUAAACUUGCAAGACCUGUGCGUGUCAAAUGCCGCCUCCCUUUCCUCAUCCUCCUCUUCCUCAUUUGGGAACUUUCAAUUCUAUCUUUUGGCUCUCACCAAUCUACAUCCGGGUAAGGACAAUCGCUUCCUAUCAUCCAGAGAAACAGAAAGUAUUCUGCAGCUCAUCAACCAGCACUAUGACCCAUCCCAUCAAGAUCACUCAUCUGAUUUGCAAUGUAUCGAUGCCGCUGGCCUCCUUGAAGAUGUUGGCGUACAUGAAGAUGCUGAAGGGUCUUCUAUCCCCAAACUGUCUGCAGCCAUCAUCAGCCACGUCCUGCAGGGCCACUGUUUCAGACAUUGGAACCUCACGUCUCCGGCUUUCUUUACAGACUACAUCUUUCAAUCCCUAAAUCGAACAAGUAACCUGCAGAUUAUAGAUUUAGAGGAGUUGCUGCAUCAGCUGGGAGUUGGACAGGAAGCAGGGACGCACUCCCACAACAGGAAGAGGUGGAGCUCACAUAAAGGGGAUGGCUGCAACCAUGAAACUGGAGAAAUAAGCAAAGACUGGGCACAGGUAUGUUUUUCCGCCAAUCAGCUGGUGGAUAUUUUUGCUCUGGAUCCUCAUUUGCCAAUUUCCAAGGAUCACUUCAGGCAAAUGUGCCCGGCCAUUAUUCAGCAGUUGCUAGGCAAUGCCUGCGAGUCUGCAGAGCAAACAAGAAAAGGAUCUCCUCCCACUGCUCUCGAGAAGUAUGGCUACAGCACGGCUGCCGUCCUGCUCAUCACGCUGGGCUCCAUGUUGGGUAUCUGCCUGAUCUUCUUCAACUCCUGCCAGGAGACCUACACCCUGAUCCUGCAGCUGUUUGUGGGGCUGGCAGUGGGGACCCUCUCAGGAGACGCACUCCUGCACCUCAUACCACAGAUCCUUGGCCUCCAUAAUGACACUCACAGCCACGAAGACGAACACUAUGCAGAAGGGAAGGACUAUCUGUGGAGGAUUCUGGGAAUUAUUGCUGGGAUUUAUGGCUUUUUCCUCAUUGAAAGAAUCCUUUCCUUUUUGGUUCCUUCUCAUGGCCAUGGUCAUAGUGACCUUCCCUUAGAGCUCAACUACAACGGCCAAUCCCAGAGGGGCAAAUCCAUCUCCACCAUACAGCUGGGGCCGGUGGAGGACUUGGAGUGUUCAGAAGUAUCUCCGGAACACGUUAACACAAGGAGCCCUUCACAUCAGAGACAGGGGGUUCCUCUGCUGGCCGUGAUGAUAAUCGUGGGAGACAGCCUUCAUAACUUUGCAGAUGGCCUUGUUGUCGGGGCAGCCUUCUCUUCUUCAGCUGAGACCGGCAUGGCGACCACCGUGGCCAUCCUGUGCCACGAGAUCCCGCACGAGAUGGGGGACUUUGCUGUGUUGCUGAGCUCCGGACUCUCGGUGAAGACUGCUGUGCUCAUGAACUUUCUCAGCGCUCUGACGGCCUUCAUGGGCCUCUACAUCGGACUGUUCGUUUCCUCCGAUUUUGAAGUGCAGCAGUGGAUCUUCGCUGUUACUGCUGGGAUUUUCCUCUAUUUGUCACUUGUGGAAAUGCUUCCAGAGAUGAAUCGGGUGAAGACAGACAGACCGUUCCUCCUGUUUCUGCUUCAGAACCUCGGCCUGCUGAUGGGGUGGGCCUGCCUUCUGCUCCUCGCUCUGUUUGAACACAAACUCAAAUUCUAAAAGCAGUGUACAGGAGUCGCCAUGUAUAUCUCUUCACACAGGGUCGAGCCAAAACAAAUGCUAACUUACGUUCUAGUGUUUUUGGAAAUGUAUUCAAGUCAAGUGAGUAUUACAGGAUAUUUUAGUCGCAGCACUGGAUGGUAAAUGUUAGCUGUAGGAAUUCUCUCCUUUUUUCUUUUAUACUUGAUGAUUUAUUUUUGUAUGUCACAGACGGUUAAUAGUAACAACUUUAAUUAUGACCUUAUUUCUCAAAUUCAGGUACAAUUGUGCAUAUCUGUUGUGUGUAAAAUAUCUACAAUGCCUCAGAGAAUCAAAUCAUUUGAUUAAACACAAGCAAGAUACAAA